CUGGCACACUCCCACUUCCAUUUUUUCAAUUACUAGUAUUUAAAAUUUCCCCCAAAUUUUCGCCAUCAGUGAAAACCUAAUUUCCUCAAAACCCUCGGUCCCAAACCCCCUCUCACACUCUCAGUCUCAGCCGUUCUCUUCUUCCUCCAAUGCAAAACCCCAUUCAAUCCAAAACCCUAGUCUCCUCAAAUUAGGGUUCAUUAUCGGAUACAUUUGUUCCGAUUUUUUCCUCGACGAAGCGACUCUCGCGUUUUGACCGUUGAUCCUCUCUUGAUUGCUUGUUUGGAGAUGGUAUCUGGUUCGAGAAUCGACGGCGGGGCGCAAGUCUUAUCGGCGGGCGUGCGGAGGACAAUACAAUCGAUUAAAGAAAUUGUGGGCAACCACUCGGAUGCUGAUAUAUACGUGGCGCUUAAAGAGACCAACAUGGAUCCUAACGAAACCACCCAGAAACUGCUCAAUCAAGAUCCAUUCCAUGAGGUGAAGAGAAGAAGAGAUAGGAAGAAAGAGAAUUCAGUGCAAAAGAGUUUUGUGGCUGUGGAACCCAAGAAAAACAAUGAUGUUGCACGUGUGCCAGUCAAGUAUAAUACUUAUCCUGACCGUGGUUUUCGAAGAGGCGGAGCUAGUCGAAAUGCUGCAUCUGAUGCAGGGGGCAAUAGAGAGUUCCGUGUUGUUCGAGACAAUAGAGUUAAUCAUAGUAGCAUCCCAGAUUCAAAACCUGGCCUAAAUUCAACAUCAACAAGUGCAGGGGUUAUCUCUAGUGGGUCAAAGAAGAGUGAUUCUCCCAGUGGUUCUGGACAUCAAGAACCUGCUGUAGGUCAGCAUUCAUCUCAGCCUGCUAAGAGUACUGCUGAUUCACAAACAAGGCAAACUAAGGAUGUUGCUUCAGUUGGUAAUGACAGGAAAGAAAUGGUUGGUGAGAAGCGUUUUCCAGUUUCGAGUGCUACUUCACGUGUGCAAACAAAGGCAAAUGCUGCCCAGCCACAAUCUGCACAUUUGUCUAGUAGCUCCGUCGUGGGUGUUUAUUCAUCCUCUUCUGAUCCUGUUCAUGUACCAUCGCUUCAUCCUAGACCUGCUGCUAACGUUGGGGCCAUCAGGCGGGAGGUCGGAGUUGUGGGGCCUCGUCGCCAGUCAUCUGAAAAUUCUCCUAAGCCAUCUUCAUCUCAAGGCACUUCUUUGCCAUCUAUGCAAUCCACACGAGAUGGUCAAUCACGAGAGUCUGCGAGAUCAUUCAAUGCUAUAGCAAAGAAUGACCACUCAAGCCAAAAUAUGGCACCCGACUCUGCUAUACCCGGUCUACCUGCUGGAAAAUCAUUUUCCAGUAAUGCAUAUGGUAACCGUCCUCAUCAACUCAUGGGCCACCAAAAAGCGCCUCAGCCCAACAAGGAAUGGAAGCCAAAAGCUAGUGUGAAACCAAGUGCCAAUGGUCCUGGAGUUAUUGGUAGUCCUGCAAAAACAGUCUCUCCUCCGGCAGACAAUCCAGAAGACACGAAAAAAGAAGCAGCUGUUUUACAGGAUAACAUGUCACAAUUAAAUCUUUCUGAAAGUCAAAACGUGAUUAUAGCUGCACAUAUCCGUGUCUCUGACACAGACAGGUGCCGGCUGACCUUUGGCAGCCUGGGCACUGAAUUUGAUUCUUCUACUAAUUCAAUUGGCGUGGCUGCUAAUGCUGUAGAAGAAAUAUCUACCGAUCCUUCUGGAAGUGUUUCAGUCUCUGCCGCUGAAACUUCAGGAGAUGAACCUGUUACUAGCAAACCCUUAGAGUUGAUGGACGACUCUGUCCGAAGUUCAGAAUCAGAUUCUCCUGCUUCAGGUGAUCUAUCGGAUCAGACAGAGAAGAAAGACUCUUCAAGUCCACAGAACCUGAAUGACUAUGCCGAUGUUGGUUUGAUGCGAGGCAACAGCCCAUCUUUUACUCCGGAAUCACUACAGCAGCAGGAUACUUCUGAACUGCCGAGCUUCUCGGGUUAUGAUCCCCAAAUGGCUUAUGAUAUGUCUUACUUCCGCCCGGUUGUUGAUGAAACUGUUAGAGGGCCAGGUCUUCCAUCAUCCCAAGAGGUCCUUGGUGCACAUGCAACGAAUGCUGUUCCAGCUUCCACAAUUGCAAUGGUACAGCAACAGCAACAACAGCAGCAGCAGCAGCAGCAGCAGCUUGCCCAGAUGUAUCCCCAACUUCACGUCUCCCAUUUUGCUAAUCUGAUGCCGUAUCGUCAAUUCUUGUCUCCUGUCUAUGUUCCGCCAAUGCCUGUACCUGGUUACUCCAAUAGUCCUGCCUAUCCUCAUCCUUCAAAUGGCAGCAGCUACUUGCUGAUGCCUGGGAAUAGCUCCCAUCUAACUCCAAGUGGCGUCAAGUAUGGCAUCCAACAGUUCAAGCCUGUGCCCACUGGUAGUCCUACUGGGUUUGGAAAUUUCACCAGUCCUGCUGGUUAUGCCAUCAAUGCUCCUGGGGUUGUUGCAAGCACAGCGGGCCAUGAUGAUUCGUCUCGUCUCAAGUAUAAAGAUAGUCUUUAUGUUCCAAACCCUCAGGCGGAGACCUCUGAAAUUUGGAUGAACCCAAGGGAUGUUUCUGGUCUGCAGUCGUCAUACUACAACAUGCCUGGGCAGUCGCCUCAUCCUACUGCUUAUUUGACAUCACACAGUGGUCAUGCUUCUUUUAAUGCAGCUGCGGCUGCUGCCCAAUCCUCUCAUAUGCAGUUCCCAGGCAUGUACCAUCCUUCCCCACAGCCCCCUACUAUUGCAAGUCCUCAUCAUUUGGGCCCUGCCAUCGGCGGUAAUGUGGGAGUUGGUGUGGCUGCUCCGGCUCCCGGAGCACAAGUGGGCGCCUACCAGCAACCUCAGUUGGGCCACUUGAAUUGGACUGGUAAUUUCUGAAUAGAGUUCAUUAUAGCCUCUGGCUUCAAGAAUUGACAUUAGUUAUAGUUCUUUUUAAUCUUGUGGCUAUUAAAUGUGAAGAAUGCUAUCGUUUCAAAUCAAUGCAUUAAGUUGUGUUGCCA